AUAUAUAUAUAUAUGCCUAUAUAUACGCAUUUUAUGAAACAAGUUAGUGAGGUUAACAGUAAGAAUGUUUAACACUUUCUGGCUUUAAAUUAAAGGUAGGAUUUGUGUUCCUGCAUAUAAAGUGUUCCUGAUAAAUAAGAUCCGUACUCCGUAAUGGACACUUUUACUGAGCAUAUACUGUGUAAAAUAGGAAGAAGAGUCUUAACCUUACAAUAUUUAAACAAUAUAUUUUCUUUUCUUUUUUGCAGAUUAAAAGCAACGUUAUUGUCUGAUGUACAAUUCAACUGCCAUAUUACAACCCCUCCUACGAAUACCAAAUUGUCCUCUUUAUAUUCUGCAUUACAUCAGUUUGCUGCGCUGCUCACAACAAUGCCUGCAGAGCCAGAUUUGGAUGACUUAAUUAAACUAUACUUCAGACUUUCCCUAAGUAACAAAGAAAUACUUGCUAUUUUGGCACACACUAAUCACAUUGUAAUUAGUGUCCGAACAUUAAAGAGAAUUUGUAAAAGACUUAACCUGUUCAGGAGGAAGAACCAGUCUGACUUGGAGGAAGUGCUAGCUUUUGUACAGCAUGAGAUCAUGACUAAUGGACAGAUGCAGGGAUACCGUUGGCUUCAUCUCCGUGCAAUUCAACAGGGCCUUGUUGUGUCACAAGAUAGCAUAAGACGCAUCAUCAAACUGGUUGAUCCACAAGGUGUGGAAUUAAGACGAGCCCACCGCUUGAGAAGACGUCAGUACAGAUGCAGAGGGCCAAAUGCACUUUGGCACAUGGAUGGUUAUGAUAAACUAAAGCCCUAUGGCAUUGCCAUCAACGGCUGUAUAGAUGGUUUUAGCCGCUAUGUGUUAUGGAUGGAAGCCUAUAUCACAAACAGUGAUCCUAAAGUAGUUGCAAGUUACUUUAUCAAAACAGUUUCAGGUAUAGGUGGAUGUCCAGAGAGGAUUCGUGCAGACAGGGGCACGGAAAAUGUUUCUGUUGAAGAAAUGCAGAUGUUUUUGCGAAGGAACCACCCAGACAGUUUUGCUGGGGAGAGAAGUUUCCUUUAUGGAAGAAGCACAGCAAACCAGCGCAUUGAAGGAUGGUGGGGUAUACUCCGCAAACAGAGUGCGCAGUUCUGGAUGAACCUGUUCCAAACUCUCCAGGAAGAUGGCCACUUCACAGGAGACUUUUUGGACAAAAGUCUUAUCCAAUUCUGUUACCUUAAUCUUGUUCAGGAUGAACUUGAUGAAGUGGUCAACACCUGGAAUUCCCACAAAAUCAGACCAAGAUCAACUGAUGACACAGCAUCUGGUCGGCCAGUGAUUAUGUACUCAUUCCCAGAGUUGCACAGUGCUGAGGAUAGACUCAAACCUAUUGCCAUGGAGGAGGUCAAUUUGUGUAUGUUAGAGUGUACUCCCAAAGGCCAGUUUCCGUGCGAUGAAACUGUUUUUGAACUGUGUUGUCUACUCAUGGCGGAAAACGGAUGGGAUGAUCCAGCAGAUCCAUUUGCUGCAGCUGAUCUAUACAUCCUGUUACGAGAUGAAAUACGACGACAAGUAUUUGAUUAAUGGUACAUGUAGCGUACAUGUCAUUAUGCAAAACACAAAAUACUGUUCAGGACAAAACUGACCUUAAAAAAUAAGUAAUUAUUUAGUCAAAAAUGUAUCAAUAAAAAUCAUAGUCAAUGGUA